CUUGAAACAGCUUCCAAAGCCUCAUAUAUCACUCAAUUAAGACUCACUUACUUACACAUCAUUACUACUACACCAGCUACAGCUUCAAACAUGGCUGCUAAGUACUCUCGCCGCCCGAGUCACCUCUCAGAGCCACUUUCGCCCUCAAUCAUACCCGAACUGGCGCUCCUCUCUCAGCCCCUCCCAGCUGAUGAUCUCCCCUGUGGGCAGCUCGUGUCCAAAAGCUCCAAGUACAACCCUACAAGUCUCGAAGACCGCGACUACGAUGACAUCGGCACCAUGUGGUACAAGGACGUCAUCUCCUACAACACCGAAGACGGUCGCUUCGUGGAGAGCUUCGGUGGUACACAUCUGCUGCAAAAGCCACUUGACAAAGGCACCGAGGCAGCCACAAUUGAAGCUGAACAGCAACACGUGAGGUUGCUCAAGGAUGCAGACGCUGCUAUCCAGAAAGUCUGGGCGGAUGAGACAGCAAGGAAAUGGAUCAAGGAGCAGGAUGAAGCAGGCUUUGUGGUCGCCAAUCGCCAGCUUGCCAACGCAAGCUAUAAGCGUGCGCGCCUGGUCGAUGUGGGCAAUGGCAACUACGAGGUUGUACGUGAACUUGGUUGGGAAGGCAAAUCGAGUAAGAGGCGAGAUUCUGCGCUUGAGGUGAGGAACACGGACAGCAAGUGGGACACCAUUGGCGUCGUCGUUAAGAAGAUAAUUGUUGAGGGUGAUCAAGUGAAGCUGGGUGAAGAAUUGGGAGUGUCUUACUGGAAUUAAUUUCGUGGGAAGUUGGCGUGAAAGUGGUUACUUGUUUGGCAUAUCUCAAUUAAUUUACUCUGCCCAUUCAUUCAUGUUUGGACAAGACUCUCUAAGCAUAUUCAUCAG